GAGUACGAUGUAGACGAUGUCAUAUAUAAAAUAAUGUGCGCACGCUCUUUCGCAGCAUCCUCUCUUUCUUUGUGUUAUUUUUGGCAGAAUCAUCUUUGUAUGCUUUAAAUAGGACCGAGUUUCUGUCGAAUAAAACAGUUUGUAAUACGAAUUCUACAUGUUGGAGCAUCGCACUGUCUUUGAAGUCUCGUACUCACGGUUAACGUUAUUUCGAUCAAACGAAAUGCCGGCUGAGUGCAUUGCCAACCCAAUGCAGCGAGAGCUUGCUGAUUCUAUAAUACGAAUGCAAUCAUUGGACGAAAUAAGGAUACUGCUAGCUUGUGGUGCUAAACCAAAUGAAAUAGUAACCCAGGGUUUACGACCACUUCACUACGCGGUUUGGCAAAAGUACGCGGAUGCGGCCCAACUUCUUAUUGUUCGGGGUGCAGACAUUGAUGCUACUGAUGAAUGUGGAUACUCGGCAUUACAUCUAGCUGCUGAACACGGUUACACUGAUAUUGUUAAAUUGCUAUUGAAACAUGGCGCCAAAGUAGAUCAUCGUCCGGACACUGGAGAGCUAUUUCCUCGCACUAUGCUUUGUGAUGAACCACUCCGACUGGCCUUGAGAAACGGCCACACUGGAGUCGCUAAAAUUCUACUGGAAGCCGGUGCGAAUCCAAAUAAAAGAUACUUCUUUGGUUCGGAAAUAAAUCUGGUAUCACCUUUGGAUCUAGAGUGCAUGGAAUUACUGUUGGCUUUUGGAGCUCAGCCUAACACCCGUGACCGUGCUGGUCUUACGCCAUUGAUGAAAGCUGCGAGGCUACCUCAGGGCAUAGCGUCAGUGCUGCUGCUUUUGAGUUAUGGAGCGAAUGUUAAUGCAAUGGCAGAUGCAAGACACGAUUACAGAACAGUUAUGCAUUAUGCGAUACUCGGUGGCGACAAAACUGUGAUAAAUCUUAUGCUGAAGCAGGGAGUCAAGUUGAAUCUUGGCCCUGACUAUCAGAAACCAUCGGCCUUGGACUUGGCAAUUCUCAAGGGUGACCCCUCGAUUGUUGAAAUGUUACUUGAAGCUGGUGCUGAUGUGAAUGAAUCAUCUCCAAUAAUCGGUUCCCCUCUUCACGUCGCGUGUGCUGACAAUAUUCCCAAUAGACUGGAAAUCCUGUGUAUGCUUUUAGAACGUGGAGCCGAUCCAAAUCUCGUUAUAAGAAGCGAUGAAGGUCUAUCAUUACGUCCAGUGCUGGCUGAAUAUGUUGCCAGUAACGCAAAUCCAUCUGUCGAGGUUGUUGCACUACUUCUCAAGUAUGGAGCACGUGUUGUUAUUAAAACACAAUUUCGUGAUCCGCACGGGAUACUAAAUUCACUUCAAAAUACUGCUGAUAAACCAAAACUGUUGAGAGCUCUGUUGGAGGCUGCUGAGAGUUUUGAUCCCUGUAUGAUCAGGAGAUCCAGCAGUCUCACUGACGCUCAAAGAGCUUUAGUUAUGGAGGCUGCGCGAACACCCUUACCGCUUACUCAUCAAGCCCGACUAAUUGUAAGGAAAAUUUACGGUCCUAAAUUACCUAAAAUUGUUCGAAGACUACAAUUACCUCAAUCGUUAAAUCGUUAUCUUCUUUACGACUUUUCUUAAUUGUUAUUUUACAUUUAACAUAAAAUUUUAUUUACAUACUUCUUGUUGUUAUUAUUAUCAUCAUAAAAAUAUUUAAAUCGACGAUUUUAUUUUUUCCUAUUUUAUUUACAAAAAGAAGAAAUAAAUAUCUUUCAAUUGUGAUAUCAUCUCAAUUACUAU